AUGACAAAGGACUUGACCUUCGACAUCCAUUUCGACAACGAGCUCGCACACGAUUACUACGGUGAUGGCAAGAAGUUGGCCGAGAAUCUUCGCGAGAUAUACCACGAUCGCAACCUCAAGUUCCCGGAUGUUUUUGAUUCCACGUUGACCACUCCGCCUGUACAUUUCAUAUCCGUCGAAGCACCGGACGAUGUAAAGAUCGAGGAACUGCAGAAUGUGGAAGUGCCACCUGGACUGCAUGUUGAUAUUAUUGACUUUCAGAUGGAAUAG